AUGCUGACUUCGUUGGACCGAUGGAAAGAUGAUACCAUCUACUUAUUAUGGAGAUUACUCCAAGUGGCCGGAAAUCGUCCAGAUGUCAUCGAUCUCCUCAAUCUCGCCGCCAGGGACUACAGAAACUCACGUCGUCUCAGUUCAUUUCAUUCUGCCGUUCCCUUUGUGGACAUCUUCAAAAGAGGACUCGCCAAGCUGAAGGGGGAGGAACCAACCGUGAACGCACUACAUACGUUUCUGAUGGCAUAUCGCUCCACUCCCUACCCGUCUGCACCUGACCAGCGUUCACUUGCCGAAACCUUCCUGGACGCCGACUGCGAACGGAAUUCAAUCUAA